CCCGCAGAGGAGGUGGAGCUGGAGCUGCGCCUGGCGCGCUUCGAGCGGCUGAUGGCGCGGCGGCCGCUGCUGCUGAACAGCGUGCUGCUGCGCCAGAACCCGCACAACGUGCACGAGUGGCACAAGAGGGUGGCCCUGCACCAGGGACAGCCCGACAAGAUCAUCCAGACGUUCACCGAGGCCGUGCGCACGGUGGAUCCCCAGCGCGCCACCGGCCGCCCCCACGAGCUCUGGGUGGCCUUCGCGCGCUUCUACGAGGACAACGGGCAGCUGGACGACGCGCGGUCCAUCCUGUCCCGUGCCACCCGCGUGCCGUUCCGCCGCGUCGAGGACCUGGCCGCCGUGUGGUGCGAGUUCGGGGAGUUGGAGCUGCGGCACCAGCGGCACCAGGAGGCGCUGGGCGUGCUGCGG